AUGCAUCGACAUGUUAUCAACCCUAUCAUUAUAUUCCUUAUCACUUUAUCAACAGCUUCCGGAACAAUCUUGAGUCUAGUCACUUUUAUGUUAUCUGGACUGGGAAGAGAUCAGCAGAUAGAGUUUGUCAGGCAGAACUAUCCAUUCUACUACACCGAGUUCUCCAGCCUACUAAAUUUUGCUAUCUACGAAUUCAAUUUUAUUUUCAAACUCAUCGCAGUUGGUUGUUUUAUAGCUGUUACUCUCUUCGCUAUAUUCUUUUCUUUUUUGAUCAUCGACAUAUUCACUUUACUAGCAGGAGUUCGUAGGAAGAUAUCUGCUAAAAACUUCCAACGACACCGAGCAGCCGUCAUCAGUCUAGUGGCUCAAUUAGCCACGUCAUCGAUGUGUCUUCUGCCUCCAGUUGGAUUAGUUAUAGCGAUUAUUAGUCAUUAUGAGCAUUCUCAGAUUGUCGUCCGUAUUCUCCUCGCAAUUUUCGCCCUCCAUUCCACUGUCAAUGCAUCAGUUUUGAUUCUGACUACCCCAUCUUAUAGGGGAUUUAUAAAAAGGUGGCAGAACGAGAAAUGA